GUUAUUAUGUUUAAGCGUGCACACAAAGAGUUGGAAAAGCAAAAGAUUGAAGAAAACGAGUUUGACGCCGAGGAUAUGCAAGAAAAAUUGGACGGUGUCUUUUCUGACGAGUCUGAUCUUGAUUCCAAUACCGACGAUUCUGACGAUGAAGAAACUAGAAGAUACAAGAAGAAGGCACGUAAACAAUUAAUUGAAACAUUCAACAAGAUUGCCGAUGAAGCUGGCUCUGAUGAUGAUGAUAGCGAGGGCGACAAUGAGGAUGAAGAAGAAGAUAAUGGUAGCGAUGAAGAGGAAGAGGGAGAGGAAGGCGAAGACGAAGAAAUGGAAGAAAAACUUGUGUUUGCCUGUGAAAUUUGUCCUGAUAAACAUUUAAAGACUGAAGAACAAGUGAAUGUUCAUUUGGAGAGCAAGGCUCACCUUAGAAGAGUUAGAUUUUUAGAGAAACAAGGAAAACUUCCAGGCCAAGAGGAAUUAAGCGAAGAGGCUAAGGCUGAAUUGGAAGCCAAAAAGCAACGUGAAGAAGAAGAAAGAAAGGAAAGAAAGAAGGCCAAGAAUCAAAGACUUAAAGAAAAAGCUAAAGCUCGUCGUGAAUUGAUUAAAAAAAGAAAAUUAGAACGUGAAGAAAAGAAGAAGAAUAAGGCUGAGGCAGCUAAAGAUAAGAAAGAAGACGAAGAAAAGAAAUCUACUGACAAGAAGCCUACCGAAAAAAAGGUCACUGAAAAGAAGCCAGGUAAUAAAAAGCCAGGUAACAAGAAAGCAAACAAGAAGCAAUAAAGACAACUGUAUAUAAAGAAGCAU